UUUUUCUUCCUACUGUUGUCUUUAGGUUAUGCCAGAAUCUUUAGAAUUACCAGCGCUAUAUGCGCGUCACCACAGACUACUUAUAAUUGGGAAUUCUACUGCUAGUUUAUCGUCCCAGCACCGAAAGGCUCUAGGCAGAUUCCAGAAGAGGCUACCCAGAGUGCCGCUGGACCGGAGACCAAAGGAGAGCUGGAGAGGGAAGAAAGUGGAGGCGGAACUGGAGCCAGAUAGGACACCUCCACCCAGGGAAGCCCCACCCUACUGCGGAAGUGCGGACAAUAGCCCAACACACCUCCAGGUUCUGUAAGGGCCAUUUGACCAAGAAGGAGAGUGGAGUGCUGCAUCAGAUGACCUGGCCUCCACUGUCACCCGGCCUCAAUCCAAUUGUGAUGGUUUGAGAUGAGUCAGACUGCAGAGGAAAGGAAAAGCCGCCAAGAAGUGCUCACCAUAUGUGGGAACUCCUUCAAGAUGGUUGGAAAAGAAAUCGAGGUGAAUGACAUCUGUGAUGAACUCUAAUGAAGCCGCACACGGGAGCUGACGUCCACAGUCAGCAGAAGACACCACUGCAAACCCAGGACAGAAGUGGAGCAGGGUCUUCCUCAAACACUGGAGACUUACCCUCCCUUUGACCCAAAUAACAUCUCACAGCAGUCACCAGCAAUGUCCAGACGCAGGAAAUCCUCCACCCCCUGCAUGAUCCGGGUAAGUGACAUGAUGGAGCAGGAUGACUCGGAAGAAAUGGAAGUGUCUACUGACAUUUUGACCAAAAAUGGGUCUUCAAAGUCUGAAUAUCAAGACCAGACAUUACAAGACACUAUAGAAGCAAAGGUUGUGGCAGAAGCUGAUCCUAUGCCCCGGCGGAGGCAGCAUGGAGGUUAUGAGUGCAAAUAUUGUACCUUCUCCACCCAGAACCUGAAUGACUUUAAAGAGCACGUAGACUCCAGUCACCCUAAUGUUAUACUCAACCCCCUCUACCUGUGUGCCGUGUGCAACUUCAGCACCAAAAAGUUUGACUCUUUAACAGACCACAAUGAGACCCAACACCCUGGAGAGACCAACUUCAAGUUCAAGAGGAUAAAAGUGAAUAACCAGACCCUCUUGGAGCAGACAAUCGAAGGCAAGACCAAUUCAGUUGUCUGCGAUACUGCAGACGGACAAGGUGGUAAUGGCUUUGUCACUUUUCCACCGAGAAAACCAACUACGGUGAAGAACGGCAAGCCAAAAAUUAACAUACAUUCCCUGUACCAAGGGAAUGACUUGGAGAACCCGUUGGAAAACCUUAUCCCAAAAGAUCAAAUCACAGCUGUGAACAUAAAUGGCACAAUGAUCAUUCCUGACCCAACGAUAAUUCAAGGGCUCUCAUAUGUAAUGCCAUUGCUCCAACGACCACCCAACUUCAGUUCUGUACCAACAAUUGCUGUUCCUCUGAACUCCACCCAAUAUAAUACUUCAUUGGACAAUAAUACAACCCUAAUGACAUCGUUUAACAAAUUCCCUUACCCAACCCAUGCUGAACUGUCCUGGCUCACUGCUGCGUCCAAGCACCCAGAAGAGCAAAUAAAGGUGUGGUUCACUACCCAACGGCUAAAGCAAGGCAUCACCUGGUCACCAGAGGAAGUUGAGGAAGCCAGGAAGAAAAUGUUCAAUGGCUCCAUCCCACCCAUGCAUCAGACCUUCACCGUUCUGCCUACCCCAAUCUCUCAGCCUGCCAAAGCCACCCAGCCCCUUAUUCAGACUAGCUUUGGGCAGUCUAGUCUAGUACUGACAAGUAUUGCUAAUGGAUCAACCAUGACCUGUGCUCCUGUUGCAGUGACUGUAGCUAGUUAUGUGCAACCUCUCAAGCGCCCCCCGAUAACUCCUUCAUUCGCCCCAGAUUUAAAGCGUCCUAUGGCGGCCCCUGCAGAAGACCCAAAAGAGAAGAUACUAAUGGCCCCUCCUCCAGUUCCCCGAAAAGAGAAACUUCACAUGGCCCCACCCCCAGUCCCACCUGAACUGAAGAGAUCUGUAAUACUUCCUAUUAUUGCCUCUGAGAUGAAGCGGUCCUCGGCAGCACCUCUCAUGGCAUCUAAAGGAAAACUGUCCAUGGCACCUCCACAUGUGAACCCCAAAAACAAGCUGCCAAUGGCACCUUCUCCAGUCUUCCCCGAGAUGAAGAGACCUAUUGUGUCCCCUAUUGUCGCCCCUCAAUUCAAGAGUUGCAUGCUGCCUCCUCCUUCAUUAGUCCCUAAAUACAAGCUUCCAAUCACCCACUCUCUAUUGGCUUUAGACUUAAAGUUACCAAUCUCACCCCCUCUCAUUGCCCCUCAAGUGAGGAGGCCAACCAUAAUCAAGUCAGCACGGACUUCCCUCAAGGGUCCAUUCCAGCUCCCUAGCUUUUCCCCAGACAACAAGAAAACAAAAGUGCAAAUAACAGAGCUGAAAGCCGGAUAUAUCAGAGGACGUCUCUCAGAGGACAAAGUGCUCACCCCUCUUGGGGAAGCCAAUGGUGUCUCUCGAGGGGAUGCAAAGUGGGUUCAUGACCAAGGGCUUUAUGCAGACAAUUGCAUUCUACAGUUGGACAAUGAGCUAGCAUCGAAGCCAGAGCAGCAAAAAUCAGUCCCCACUCAAUUUCCACUCUUGGAGAGAAUGAAAGGAAAGACCUCUGAGCAGCUGAAGAUUCUAGAAGAUAACUUCCAGAGAAACAGCUCUCCAACAUACAAUGACGUUGACAAUCUGGUAAAUGCAUCCCGACUGUCACGGGAGGAAAUUGACAGCUGGUUUUUAGAGCGCCGGGCGCUGCGUGACAACCUUGAACAAGCCCUUCUAAACUCCAUGGGCUCAAAGAGACUGUACAUUGAUAAGCGGCAGCAACAACAUGGACCGCUGAAUGGUGUGUGUAAACAAGGUGGCCAUCCAAGAAGCUCUCCCCUUGCCAUCAUUGCCCCAACCACCACGUGUUCAGUGCCUCUAGACAGCAAAUCCUUGGGGCUUCUCAAGGAUGUUUUUGCACAAACUCAGUGGCCUUCCCCUGAACAAUACAAUCAGCUUGAGGACCAGACAGACCUGGCUCGCACAGAAAUCGUCCACUGGUUCAAGGACAGCAGGUCAGCCCUGAAGAGUGGGACCUUGGAGUGGAUGGAGCUUUUCCAUAAACUGAACAGCAGUGGGAAAAAUGGUGAGGGGGCGCUACUGAGCACAGAGAAUGCUUUCAGCAUAAUCAAACGCUACCAGGAAGUAAAAGCACCCAAGGUGGAGGAUAUUGGGAGGCUAGCAGAGCAUGCCAGUCUUGGCAGCCAAGAGAUCAAAGAAUGGUUUGCUGGAAAAUUUAAACAAAACACAUCUGAUGACAGCCAGAAUGGUGGCCAAAAUGGAGGCUUUCGAGAGGAGUUCGGGAGCUGGAUGGGUGAAACCAAGGGGAUGGAUGGACUCAUGAGUGCUAAGGAACUGGUCUCGGACAAAGACAGGGUGAUGGAGGAUGCUUCUGGAAGGGUGACUGGAUAAAGGGCGAGAAAAGUUGCCACUGUCAGUUGCACACAGGAGCUGAGAAGAAAAGGAAAGAGUUUAAUUAUUGAAUAUUGUAUUUUCUGAACAAAUUAUUUCUUGCUUGUUCCAUCCCAGUUUGUGCCCAACAUCUCCUCAAGGUUGAGCUAACUUCGUAUAACGUUUUUAAAGAAACAUGGUGGUAAUGUUGUGUGUGAUUUAGGAUGAAGUAGAAGACACAGAGCACUGAAUGUGUGCCUGAAGCACUGACCAGGUGGUGAUCGUAGAGUGCCAAAGCUGGAUUUGCUGCAUUAUUACACUUUUUAAAAAAAGGUUAUUGUAAAUAUUUUUUUUUCUGUAUUGCUACAGAUUUGUAAAAUUUUGGGGGAAUUUUGUUACAUUUUAUAAUGGGAGCAACUUGCCCCUUUUUUUUCGCUCCAGUUGGUCUUACAGUGGUCUGUCUUAGUGUUCUGUCCUACAUUUUGUAAUGAAACACAAUGAACCACUACAACUGUUGGCAAUACUUCAGUCAGUUUUCUAAUGCUGAACUUCCGUUGCAGUUCCCUCUUGUCAUGUGGACUUACUUCACAUCAAAUCAAACUAUUUACUGUUCUGAAGUGCUAUUUUUGGCCUCAGCAAAACCUGCACUCUUGUAAGGAACAUGCUUGUUUGACCAUGUGAUGUUGUGGACCUACGUUAAAGAAAAAGAACGGUCAGUGGCAAAACCAGAAAGAAAUAAUCACAUUGAAACAAAUCCAGAAUCAUGCUGCCUGCAUCAUAUUCUAAUAUCUUUCUUUAUAUGAUUUAUUUGUUUCCGCAGAUGAACAUACACAUGUGUAAAAGCCUUUAUACAUACAUGUUGGCUUAAUAGAAUUAGUGCUAGUUCCAUUCAGACAGUAGAAACAAACCAAUACAAGCUCUUUAUGUACUGCUUCCGCCGUAGUGUCAUGGUCAAGACAUACUGUAUCAAUAAAUACUGUAUUUAUGCUAAGGUCCUGCUUACUCUUUUCAAAAACCAGUUGAUGUCUGCUGUAAUCUAAUAAAAACAGAAGCCUUUUUUAAAGGUAGCAGACGGUGUUUACUCUUUGUCAUAUGUAUGCAGCAUGUCAUGAGGUUUCUUGGAUGCAGUGUAUAGUAAAGAAACCUUUCUGAGAUCAGCUA